AUGGGUAGAGCAAAAUCAUCAAACAGUUUCAUAGAGAAGAAAAGUAAAAGAAGCUCAUGUUUCCGUCUUAAAAAACAAACUUUGUUCAAGAAAGCUCGUGAGCUAUCGAUCUUGUGCGAUGUCCCAACGUGUGUUAUCGUCUUUCCUCCUAAAGAAGAUAAUGCGAAAUCCGUAGAACCCGAAGUUAUUUCCUACUACGGAGAAGAACAACACCAAGAAACCCAAAAUGCAACGAACUCGGAGUUGACUCAUACGAAAAUUAAUCGUUACAUUGCAUGCCCUAAGGAUGAUAGUUACAAGAAAAGGUCAAGUAACUUAAGUGAUGUGUUAGGAGAUGUUAAUGAAGAGAAGAAUUUAAUUAGGGCAGACGAUCAAGAUUUGAAGUAUAAUAUAUGGUCUGAAAAUACAAAUCUUUCUGAUUUUACGCAAGAUCAACUAAUUCAAUUACUUGGUAAUUUGGACAACAAAUUAGAUUCUGUGACACGUAGAAUGGACGUGAUUAAGGGUGUUGAAAUUGAUCAACAAAAAAAUCCACUCUUGCUCGAUGACAUAUUUUCGCAGUCAGAUUACGAUGGGUUGCUUGAGGAACUUUUGGAGCCUUACGUAGAGGAUCAUACAAGGUUUUACAAUAUGGAUCAACGGUCAGGAUUUGUUGAUAAUUCUCUUCUACAAUCGCUUCCUAUGAUGGGUUCCAAUUCUAGUUACUAUGAUGUCGAUCAACCGUCAGGAUUUAUUGAUAAUUGUCCUCUACAAUCGCUUCUUAUGAUGGGUGAUCAAGGGCCGAGAUUUACUGAUGGUGUUCCUCUGCAAUGCGGCUUUCCGACGAUGGGUCCCACUUACUGUAAUCAAGAAGAGUCAGGAUUUGUUGAUAAUCAAAGUUUUCCUAUGAUGGACCGUCCGAUGUAUUGUGAUCAAGUGUCUGGGUUUGUUGAUGAUAAUUUGCUGGCCGUGCAGUCUUAUAGUAAUGAUAAUGGUUAUCUUAUGAUGUCUGAUAUUUCCACUUCCGCAGCGCAGUUAAAUUAG